UAUUAAUCAAUUAUGCACCCUAAAACUACUUUAUUUUUGGUAGAUGUUUUAUUUUCUUUUUAUCAAAAAGAAAUUCAACUGAAAUGGGAAAAUGAUCGAUUUUUAGUCAAGGCUUAUGGAAUCGUCAUGUGACAUGACUCAUCGCAGUCUGUCCAUCCGAAACAGGAUAAAGCCAAAACGGCUGAACCGAUUGAGUUUAAACAUUUGCAUAGGUAUCUAUGUUAGUUAGACAAAGUUAAGUUUGCAGAUGACCAAUAUGGGUCAACUUAGGUUGACCUGUGGGAGUAUUUGGUAUGGAGGCUAAAAUUGACUACUGAGGUGGUCCAAAUACAACUUUGGAAGUUCAAGAUUUUCGGAGUUCCCCUAGUCUUCAGGGGGAAUGAUUUGUAAAUCCUUGAAAAAUGUGGUGCCAAAGUGUAGAAAAUAUUGACAUUCGAUAUCGAUAGCCCGGUCAAUAUCGACAAAAAUUUAGAAAACGAGUCUGUCCCCGACUCGGGCUAAGUGAAGUCUACGCUGUAGCUUAUUAAUUAUAUUACUAGGAAUAAGAAGCACACGUAAAUAGCAAAGCUGGUUAUAAAUAAUUGUAAAUUCGGGCAGAGCCGACUGAACGUUAAAAUGGUUUUAUCCGCAACAAUGUUCUCUUGACUUGACGCGUGGCAAGGAAUUAGUAAAAUUUCCUCAACAAUCAAAAAAUAUAAAGGAAUAGGCAUAAAAAAGCAGAUACUACCAAUUUUAAGAUUCAUACUAUAGCUUUCUACUAUUUCAUGGUUUACUGUAUAUAGAGCUAAGGUUUAAAUUCCCAUUUUUUAUCACAUUUUUAUAAUAUUAAUAAGUGUCGUUUUGAGGUAUUAUUGCCAUUCGUGUUUAUGACCAUGCCUGUUAAUCAUUCGUUUAAGACACUCUUAUCAUUAUUAUUCUGUGGGAAUUCCAUAAGAGAUCCGAACUAUUAGGCAGGGUUAUCUCAUGGAUGUGCCAUUACUAAACCAAGCUAUAUUCUGAUCAGUCCCAAUUGCAAAAAGUCCAUUUAGUUGAAAAUAACCGUUUUCAGCAAUAAAAUUAUGAAAACUUCAAAAUCAGAUCUCAAAUUUCUCCCAUUUACAAAAGAAGGAUGGUUAGACUACAGUUCGGAAGAAUUAGCCCCACAUUCCAGCUACGAACCAUACGCGUGGGAGGUGUUCGACUGGAAGUCAUUUGUGCAAUGGGUCAACAGAAAUAUGCACAUUUCCAUUGUAAUCAGCGUGGUCUACAUCGCAGUGAUAUUUUCACUUCAAGCUUUCAUGCGAAACCGGAAACCAUUCGGAUUAAAGAGAGAGCUUGCCAUUUGGAAUGGUGCUUUGGGGCUCUUUUCAAUUAUGGGGUUGACUCGGGUCCUGCCAGAUUUGUGGGGUCAGAUAAAUCGGCCUAAUGGACUGUAUCACGCACUCUGUGUCAAGGAGAGGAUAAGCGUCCCUAUGAUAUUUUGGGGAGGACUAUUCGUGAUUUCAAAAGUCGUAGAGUUGGGUGACACCAUCUUCAUCGUGUUAAGAAAAAAACCAGUUCAGUUCCUUCAGUACUUUCAUCACGCAUUGUCACUCACGCUGGCGUGGACCACUGGACCAUAUCUUGAACCAAUAUGUAGAUUCUACAUAUUAAUGAACUACGGGGUGCACAGCUUAAUGUAUCCGUACUUUGCGCUUAAGUCAAUGAACGUCCACAUCCCGAGACAAUUCGCAAAUAUAAUUACGGCUUUGCAAUUGAUACAAAUGGUGAUUGGUGUGACCAUAAAUGUCUGGACGUCAUACCUCUAUUAUAUCUUCGGAUCCUGUCACCGAUACGAGUUCUCCAUAAAAAUGAUAUGGAUAGCGUAUGGCAGCUUUUUAGUUCUAUUCGGGGAUCUUUUUUACCGUCUCGUGCUCAAGAGGACGAAAAAGUCAAGUCCUGUCAACAAGCAGAAUUAAGGAUACAUGAGAUAACUCUUAGUAAUUAACGUGUAUCAUAGUACUUACAUAUGUAUGUAGUAUCUGUUAAUUAUGUGCAUAUGAAUGUACAAUGCUACAUUAUGCACAGUUGGUAGUCUGACAGAACAAAAUGACCUUGCUUAGCAAAAAUGUGCACAAUGACAAGGAAAAAUAAAGCUAAGGUGGUUUAUCCUUAUUUAAUAAGAGGGAAAUUACUUUAA